AUGGCCGAUACAAUCGUUGGUAAGGAAGUGCGAUUCCUGACCCUUAAUACAUGGGGUCUCAAGCUUGUGUCGAAAAAAAGAGUGGAGAGAUUGCGUGCAAUAGCUGAGAAACUUGGAGGUGAUCCAUCUGCGGAUCAUCUGAUCAGUAUUGACUCUCAAUCUAGUGUUGGGAGUCGUGAGCGACAAGUGGAUGAUUAUGACAUCGUAGCAUUGCAAGAAAUAUGGUGCAAAGACGAUUGGGAUUAUAUUGUCAAAAAAUGUCAGCACAAAUAUCCGUACUAUCGUAUUUUCCACUCUGGAAUUAUUGCAGGUCCGGGUCUUGCGAUUCUGUCUAAAAUUCCCAUUGAUUCUACUUUUCUAUAUCGAUUCCCGAUCAAUGGGAGACCUAGUGCGUUUUUUAGAGGCGACUGGUAUGUGGGAAAGUCGGUGUCUGUGACGCUUUUGCGUCCUGUAGAUUCCAACAGCUUUCCACUCGCCAUUCUGAACAGUCAUAUGCACGCGCCAUACGCAAGACGUGGCGAUGCUGCUUAUUAUUGUCACAGGUCCUGUCAGGCAUGGGACUUCAGCAAACUCGCUAAUCUAUACAAACAGGCAGGGUACGCCGUCGUUGUUGUUGGAGAUCUGAAUUCCAGGCCAGGAUCUUUGCCGCAUAAAUUUCUUACCAAGGAAACCGGACUGGUCGAUUCUUGGGAGCAGUUGCAUGGCAGUCAAGACCUCAAACAGAUUGCCAAAAUGACUCCGCUAAAUCAAAUAAAAUACGGUGGUACGACAUGCGACUCGACGUUGAACACGUGGCGCUCAAUGCGUCAGCCUGACGAAGCCUGCAGGCUGGAUUAUGCCCUUAUAGACCCCAACCGCCUUCAGACUAUUGAUGCUCAAGUGAGAUUUACAGAACGCAUUGCAACGAUCGGAAGCUUUUCUGAUCAUUUUGCAUAUUUUUGCACUUUGCGCAUGAUUCCAAAAAGUGCAUCUGAUCAUACCUCAUCCGAUUCGAAAGAAUUGUUGAUAGGACGGCUGGCAAAUUACGAAGAAAUGUUGAAAGUUAUUUCGAGAUAUAAGCGUGUCGCGAAAGCACAAAAAUUUUGGAGAGGAUGUCACUUUUGGGUUUCUAUCUUCUUCAUUAUAGCGGCGCACGUCGUUACAACCUUUACGUCGGAGCGUGCAUGCUGGUCGUCGGUUUUUUGGGUGUUUUUCACGAUGUUUGUCACCGCCACUGGCCUGAUUGACGGUCUAAUUUCCUUUCUGUUCGGUAAAAAAGAGAUACGAGCACUAAAUGAAGUUUAUCAGGAAAUCGUCGACAUGAGACGAAGCACUUUAGAGCGUCUGGAUAUCAAAUCAUGA